UGCCAUAUGAAGCGAGUCGGUGAUGUGUGAUUGACAGUCCCUCGGUCACUGCUCAGGAAAUCGAUUCCAAGAUUUAAGGCAGAUGCGGGCCGCUUCUCCCCUCACAGCUUGUCAUCACCUUCGGACGACAACCAGAGAGAGAACUGACUGCAAGAACAAUAUUGUACUCGACAGCAUCAUUGACAAUGACUGGAAUUAUGAGCACCAAAUCACCCAAGGCCGCAUCUGGCCAGGUGAAAACUAUGAUGGCGAGACCCUGUUUUACCGUGAUGGUGUUGGCGUUGGGGAUUCUGUGCCUCAUGACUACUACAGCUGCCGAGGAACCCUUGAUCGGAGACCGAUGCUUUGCUCUUAUGUUCUCUGCUUGGGAUUGUGCAACCCCCACUGCUGGGUCAGGGGGUCUAGCGGGGGAAGAUGUGUACGGGUGUCAUCGGGGUGCACCCAGUGUCAGUGCUACACUUAGCCAAGUAGAAUGGCAACCAUGUUAGGUCAACCACAAUGCAUGUUUGCAAAGAGUAGGAAAUAAAAAUUAUCACUUAUUAAAUAUCAGCAUUAAUAUCAUUAUUGUUAGCAUAGAGUACAUAUCACCGGACACCAAGUUCUCCAACCUCAACCUUGCAUAGUUUCCAUGCCACCCAUCGUUCAAUUUCGAUACAAGGGCUGGUUAACUCACUAUUACUGAGCUCGUCGUCAUUGUCGUUGUUAGGGCAUACCAUGAAAUAAAAUUAUAGAAAUUCUAUAAAAGUAGGCUUUUUGAAAUCAUGAGUGUAAUGGUAAUUCCGGGAUAUCACCAUCCGAACUCACAUCAUCAUCAUAGAGAGGGCGAAAUUCUAAGAUGCAACUUCGGAAUCUGACCUUCAAGAAUCAGCCCAUAGAACCCACUCACAGCAUCUUGCUCAAUAAUUAGAACCUUAUAUUGCUUAGUUGGGCUUCAUAUUAUUAUAUUUACAUAAAACUCAGAACAUGUAGUAAGCAUUGUGUGGCAAGAGCCUACAGUUAGUUUCACCUUAUAAUAGUGAAAGAGCAUACUUAUGUGUUACAUUAAGUACUAGUAGCCUGCUUCCCACCAGCAGAGUGACCCUGUGCACUUCCUGUGUGCAUACAGAGACCCUGUGUACGUACAAGUACUACAUAAUCUUGCCACAUAACAAAAGGCAGCCAUAUUUAGUGACCAUGUGAUUUUAGAGUCAUACUCGAAGCAAUUUAGUUCUUCAAGUUUCAUCAUUUUAUUCACACUUUGUGGACCUUGAAAGACCACAUUUUGGUGAGAAGCAUUUCCUUGAUUUUAUGAGUUACUUUUAAUAAGUUUAGAGACAGAAUUCACUGGAUUUUCUGAGAUUUUACAGUUGAUUAUUCAUUCAGCAUGUUCAGCAAAAAACAGAUUGAACUGCAAAUAGUGUUUAGAUUUGACAAAUUAGACUGCACAUUUUUGGACUCAACUUGCCAUGUUUAAUAGAUUAGACUUUUCCAUGUACACGUAUUAUAGUUUGCUUAUUAGUGCUUUUCUGCUUUAUUAAAUUGCAGAUUGUUAUCUCAAUCUACUAAUAGUGCUAUCAGCAAUCACCA